GAAUAUACUCGAUCUAUUACAAUUGCCCUAGGGUAUAUACUAACUCAUUGUGUCCAUCAGACAUAUUCCAUCUGUUAAUUUUGCCACAGAAGUGUAUCUCGUACAGACUAAUUUUGUCCAUCAGACACUCUCGAUCUUUUAACAUUGGUGGGUAAUGCCAAAGACUGUAGCCCAUUUGUCUAUUUCCAAUAGGACCGGACUUUCCUAGAGUACACAAUAUAUUAAACAACGCGUAUGAGAUUCAGCGUUGGAAUAUAUAUGUAACUGAACUCAAUCCUUGAUUCAUCCUUCAAUGUCUGGGUAUGUCACGUCCGGUGUAUAAUUAAGGCCGGAUAUGUGAGAUGGGCUCCUGUCCCGUAUCAGGAUAGACAAACUCUCUCUCUACGGUGGAGGGGUACAAUUAGUAUCGAAUGCGGGAGCAGUAUAAAUAUUCAUUCCACGGUUACAUAUCUUUGACUGGAGGUGUAUAAAGCAGUACUGUGAAGAUAUAAGCGAACAUUGGAGUAAGCAUCCUUCCUGUUAACGCAAUAUUCAUAUUAUUGAUGCAAUUAUACAAUUACCCUACAGCGCAAUAUUGACGAAAAGGAAGAUAUAUUCAAUUAGAAAGCUUAUUUGACGAUUCCAAGAUUCAAACGUACAAAUUAUAGCCUUAAUGUGUGUAUCCCUGCCUCAUUGAUUCUACUUCUACCGCGUGUGGGUGGAUUCCCGUGAAUGAACAGCAUUCGUGUGGAACAACAAUGAAGGUCCAAGACGUCCUGACGUUCUCGGUGUUAUGUACAUUUGUUUUGUGUUUUCUGACAAGUGGAACAGUGGACGGAGCUGUAUCUGAUCUGUGUUCAGUUCCCUUGGGAUGUGCGACCUGGGGAAAGCUCCCCGGCACCAGUCUGGAACUGGAAUUACAGGAAACUUUAUCUGUAUGUAACUCGACAGGUGUGUGCACAUGGGAUGAAACAGUACAGGUGCAGUACGUUGAUGUACCUGCAGGUGUACCUAUCAGAAUAUGUAAAAACGUGUCUGAAGCGGGAAUAUUUACAUUGAGGAAAGUUCCUAAAGCAUCGUUUGAGUCCUGCAGUAUGCCUUUCAUCGAAAAUGUGACCGAACUUUUACAAACCGAAAAUAACACAGAUCGUGGAUGCUCCGAGGAUUUGACCCUAGACAUUGGAUCGCAUUUCUUCAUAGUUAAUUCAACGGAUAAUUGCUUGAGAGGGAUGAGAAUUGCUGUAACAAUAAAGAAAAAUCUCUGCUGGCCGUCACAUGGGAAUCAAUCCCGUCUUUGUGGUGGAAAUGGUAAUUGCGUCAUCGAUUCGUCAGAGGAACAUUUCAAAUGUGUGUGCUGUGCAGGAUACACUUCAACAUAUUGUGACAAAACGUAUCAAGAAGUCAUAAAUACAACAGAUGAUAAACCGUCUAACACGUGUCAAUCAUCACCCUGUUCGAACAAUGGCACGUGCGUGGUUGUGGAUAGAAAUUCAUACAUAUGUUUGUGUGCGGAAGGAUACACAGGAGCACAGUGUCACAUCAUAGACCUCUGUACGCCGAAUCCCUGCGCUUUUGGUGUCUGUCAGAUGAAUAACAAUUCCAGACAAUGCUAUUGUACCCCAGGAUACCAUGGGGAACUGUGUGAAAAGGAUUACAACGAAUGUCAAUGCAAACCGUGUCAAAAUGGCGGCCACUGUAUUGACCAACAGGACAGAUAUGAAUGUGUAUGUCCCCGAGGAUACACGGGUACUAACUGUUCCAAAAAGGUAAACCUUUGUAAUCAUAAUCCAUGCAAAAACAAUUCAGCGUGUAUUGAUCUGGGGACCAGUAUCCGAUGUUUGUGUCGGCCAGGGUAUACAGGUCACAACUGUGAAGUAAACAUCAAUGACUGUUCGUCUAAUCCCUGCCUUCAUAUGGGCACGUGUCACGACAGCGUCAAUGGUUACUGGUGCGCGUGCACGGAACCGCACGCAGGCUUCAACUGCGAAUUCACAUUUGAUGUUUUUGCACCUCCGAUGGAAACGGAAAUUACAGAGGACGCAAGUAAAAGCUAUCUCCAUAAUCUGUACAUCGUGGCUGGAACCCUGAUGGGUGCCAUUUGCAUUGUGGUGGCCGUGGUGACCACCUGCUACUGCCGUCUGCAUGAAACUUACAAGAAAAUCAGAUGGAAGAGAUUAAGGUCGUUUGAGUUUAGAACCCCGAAAGGUAGUCUAGAAGUGUCCAGUCUCAACAAGCCGCGCCUGUCUUCCGACGCCAUCAUGGAGGCCACGUCCUUGACCAGAGAUAUGCAGAGUAAUUCGUCCUAUAGCGAUACACUCUCUUCUCGACUGGUUUAGAGAAGGUCCACAUUGGCUUCAUCGUGUUUACGUUCACGGAGAUCGAGACAAAGCAUCUAAACCAUGAUGUAAGCAUAUCAGGGGGUCAUUCAACAUCAUAUUGAAAGCACACUAUUGACCCCGCGUACGACUUAAGAAUUCAACAAAGGACACGAUGUUGACACUUACCGGCCGUAGCGUUAUCUCUAAAUGGUUUAUCUGGAACUAAACCUUUGGAGCAAGGUAUUCUAUGGGAGCCCUACAAUACGCUGCAAAGAAUAAUUGACCCAUGAGGUGUCGAGUAGAUGAAAAAAGAACAUAGUUAAACACAGCGUGCCACCGUAGACUAUUGUGACUGUAGACUUACCCCGGAUCAGUUAGGGACACACUGUAAAAAGACAAUACACGAAGAGCAUAUUAUAUACGUGUGCUUUUGCGAAUGAACUGCAAACAGCAUCUAAGCAGUAUGUUCUGCAGAUAUAUCGCAAAAGUCAUCUAUGUCGUGUCAUCAAAACCGUGUGCACUGUGGAUAUACCGCGAAAAUAACCUAAACUGCGUCUUCUUCAAAUAUAUCGCGAAAGUCAUCCAAACUGUGUGUUCUGCGAAUGUACCGCAAAAAGCAUUUGAACUGCGUGUUCUGCAAGCAUACUGCAAAUGUCUUCUAAACCGUGUGGUCUACGAAUAUACCACUAACAAUUAACAGCUUCAAGGUUGUUUCAGCGAAUGUUCCUUAAAAGUGUAAGAAAGCAGGCAAAGACUUGUUCGAUCUUCACCGAAAUACCGAAGGCAUUCAUCAUUUACGCCAUCAAAAUUAUUGCAUCUAAAAACAUCAUAUAAUACAUUUCGUACAAAUCACCUGUCAAUAGGAUACACGAAAAGAUGUCAUAUGAACUAAUACACCGUGUAUGUCAGUAUGAUCAUCAUCUUAAACAAAUAAAUUUAGAGAACAACAAUAGCUGAACAUCGUCUUUCAGGGAACCUUAUCACUUCUGGUCUAUAUUGGCUGAACGAGACACUUUAUACCAUUUUCGACUUUCUAUGCUAAAUUUGAACCCUGUAUUACUAACAUUGUACUUCCGCCCAUGAUCACGCCAGAGAUAGCACAUAUUGUGCGAAGGAUACCAGUUAUGUGUCCCCUUCAAAGUAGGGGGUUGUCCUCUGUGUUUCAUGCGUAGGGGAUAUUGAAGAAAUCAAAACUGAUGUGCUGCCCACAUUACACGUUUGGGAAAUCUAUCAUUUAUUUUUUCUCCUUACAACCCUUUUAUUUCAGAAGUAUCUCCCCAGACAACCGCCUCCUUAAGACCUCAGCUGUUUCGAGAAGGUCAAUCCCUGACAAAAAAAGUUGUUUACAACGUAAUACUACCAUGCACAUGCACCGUUAUUUAGAUAGCACGCGUAAAUAUAACCACAUCAACAUAUUAUCCUAGAUAUGCUGUAACACACCAUAUAUACAUCGUUACACACUGAGGAUAGACCUUAGUAAUAAAUGGACACUUACUUUGUACUACAAUUAAUACAUGUGUAUUCAUACCACUUACUCAUACAUCUACACAACAUAUAUGGGUACAAUGAAUUGUAAGAACGUCACUCGUGUUACAUAAUUGAUAGCGCAUAAACACAAGCUGAAGAAAGUGUACACAUUUGGACUUGGUGCUAACUAACUGUGAAUUUCCAUAUUUUUGCAAAGACUUACUUGCCUGCAUGUCCUUCACAUUAAUAUUCCCAAACACAGAAACAAAAUCUUCGUUUAAUUUUGUCGGAAGAAAUUUUAAAAUGCAUAUUUAUCUUGCCAAUUAAAUGUAUCGCGCAAAAUUAGAGUACUCCAUAGUAACCAUCUUAUUAAUAUUAGUACAAAGUUAUCUAAUAUCUCGUUGGUUUUGAUCAUGAAAACUUCAUUAUGUAAAGCAAACAUGUGAAUGAUGUACAAAUUUGAUCAUGCCAUGGUGUUUUGACGAUAAUUUGAAUGAAUCAACCAUUUUAUGAUAUUUUAGAAAAAGAACAAUAACCGUAUUGUUUCUAUGUGUGUACGGUUGAGUUGGUGUGGGGUGUGUGGGUGUGAGUGCGAGUACGUCUGUGCCUGUGAGUUUAUAACAAGGCAGCGAACGUUGCAUAUUCUAGAAUUGUUUCUUUUCUUUAUUUUUUGUAUCCUGCCAUUGAAAAGCACUUGCAAAAUGAUAGGUUAUUCAUAAGUUGUUUUAAGUAAUGAAUAGUUUUGUUGUAAAUCGUUGCAUUUGAUCUUUCAUCUGAUGUGGACAGCUUCCCGGAGUGACCAGAUGUUGGGAAAGACAUGAGUUCAGGAAGCAUAAAACGUUCUACAAGAUCAAACAGGAUUUCUGUUUUGUUGCAUUGUGUUGUCGUUUUCCUUGUAAAAUAAAUAGACUUGUUCAAAUGAAUCUGUUAGACUUC